GGCACGGACACAGACAAAGAGAUGUGAGCAUAGCAGCCAUAUCAAAACCAAACACAUAUAUGUAUAUAUACCCCAUGAGACUCUUGUGAAUCUCGUCUUUUUCCAUGAUAGAUAUAUGUACAUGUUUCUAUAUACACAUACAUAUAUCUAAUACUCUUGUCCGUUGUACAAUGAAAACCUUUAAAACAAACAAAACUCCAUAGCCAAGCUCGCUUUGUUGUCACAAGAUAUAUCAACUUGAUACUAAAAGCACUUACAACAUUAUUAGCCCUAACUGUUUUUGAUCAACAUUUGGGGUUAUAGAUAUCCACAAAUCUGUUUUGUCCCAAAACUCCUGUGUUUUUUUUAUCAACAUGGGUCUCUCUAGUCUCCCAGCUCCAUCUGAAGGAGUUCUAUGUGUACUUUUAGUAAACACAGCACUUUCCUUCUCCCUUUUCAAAGGCAUUGUCCGAACCAUCCUUCACAUAGUAGGUAUCCGCCUCCCAUCGUCGUCGGCAUCUUCAUCGCCUUCAUCUCCGCCAUCAUCAGAAGAUGACACCGAAAGCAACCGCUCACUCGAAUUCUGUCACGAUCCGUCUUACACGUACAUUGAGGAGUUCCGCAGCCGAACCCCUGCAAUGCGUUUCGAUGCCAUGUGUGGCUGCGAGGAGGACCGGGAACACGAAUGCUCGGUUUGUCUGAGCCAAUUCAAGCCCGAAUCAGAGAUAAACCACUUGGCUUGUGGCCAUCUCUUUCACAAAGUGUGCUUGGAGAAGUGGUUGGACUAUUGGAACAUCACAUGCCCUCUUUGCAGGACUCCUUUGUUGCCUGAAGAAGAGAUUUCCUGCUUUUGGUGAGAGCAUCUAGUUUAGUUUUUACAAGCAAAUGUCAAGUCAAGGGGGGAAAAGAAAAAAAAAAAAAAAAAAAACUCAAUCAAUGUACAGCUAAUGUGUAGAGGUUUUCAGAAGAAUGCAUCGGCUGGCCAUAGUGUUUAUAUACCCAUAUAUGUGUAUAUCAUGUGUGAGUUUAGAAUCUUGACUUGUUUGAUGGCUCUUGGAGACCAACAAAAUUUUAUUGUACAUAUUUUUUAAAUUUGAGUUUUGAUGUAUUUAUAUGCA